UCCCAAUCCCAUGGGGCCCUCUCAUCCUAUCCGUGCCCCUCGGCCCCCGGGCCUGAGUUCUCCCUACCGCAGGCCAGGUGCACGCCGACCAGGGACCCGGUUCCCCAGGAUGUUCAAGUGUAGUCGCAGAAGGCACCGGCAAAACCCCCAAAGCCCAGCUGCCACCAUUGCAGCCAUCAAUCUUGGCACCAUGGCCGCUGAUAUCAACACCAACACCCACACUGCCACUACCAGCGUGUGGAUCCUCCCACCUCGAGCUCUUCCACCAAAGCCGUCUAAGCCAAUGACUUCAGCAGUUACAAAUGGAAUGAAAGACAGUUCUGCUUCUUCUCUUCAGGAUGCAGAAUGGUAUUGGGGGGAUAUUUCAAGGGAAGAAGUAAAUGACAAAUUACGGGACAUGCCAGAUGGUACCUUCCUGGUCCGAGAUGCCUCAACAAAAAUGCAGGGAGACUAUACUUUGACUUUGCGGAAAGGAGGCAAUAAUAAAUUAAUAAAGAUCUAUCAUCGGGAUGGUAAAUAUGGCUUUUCUGAUCCUCUGACAUUUAAUUCUGUGGUGGAGCUCAUUAACCACUAUCAUCAUGAAUCUCUUGCUCAGUACAAUCCCAAACUUGAUGUGAAGCUGAUGUACCCAGUGUCCAGAUACCAACAGGAUCAGUUGGUGAAAGAAGAUAACAUUGAUGCAGUAGGUAAAAAACUGCAAGAAUACCACUCUCAGUAUCAGGAAAAGAGUAAAGAGUAUGACAGGCUUUAUGAGGAAUAUACCAGGACAUCCCAGGAAAUACAGAUGAAGAGGACUGCAAUUGAAGCUUUUAAUGAAACAAUUAAAAUAUUUGAGGAACAAUGUCAUACACAAGAACAGCAUAGCAAAGAAUAUAUCGAGCGAUUUCGUAGAGAGGGGAAUGAAAAGGAGAUUGAACGAAUUAUGAUGAAUUAUGACAAAUUGAAAUCACGUCUGGGUGAGAUUCAUGAUAGUAAAAUGCGUCUAGAGCAAGAUUUGAAGAAACAAGCUUUGGACAACCGGGAAAUAGAUAAAAAAAUGAAUAGUAUCAAACCUGACCUGAUCCAGCUGCGCAAGAUUCGAGAUCAGCACCUUGUAUGGCUCAAUCAUAAAGGAGUGAGACAGAAGCGUCUGAAUGCCUGGCUAGGCAUCAAGAAUGAGGAUGUCGAUGAGACAUAUUUUAUGAAUGAGGAAGAUGAAAACCUGCCCCAUUAUGAUGAGAAAACCUGGUUUGUUGAGGAUAUCAAUCGAGUACAAGCAGAAGACCUGCUUUAUGGAAAACCUGAUGGUGCAUUCUUAAUUCGAGAGAGUAGCAAGAAAGGAUGCUAUGCUUGCUCUGUGGUUGCUGAUGGGGAAGUGAAGCACUGUGUGAUCUACAGCACUGCGCGGGGCUAUGGCUUUGCGGAGCCCUACAACCUGUACAGCUCACUGAAGGAGCUGGUGCUCCAUUACCAGCAGACAUCCCUCGUUCAGCACAACGACUCCCUCAACGUCAGGCUUGCCUAUCCUGUCCACGCACAGAUGCCCUCACUCUGCAGAUAAAGAGCGGGUGG